AUGAGUAGCCACAUUCAUCGCACUUUACUAGCAGUGACAACACGCAAUUCUCUUGCUCCAUUCCUUUACCAGACUCGCACCCUCUCCGGUUCUAUCCCUCGUUCAUUGAGAUGCCGCCCACAGGCAUACUCUACCUCGAGCAUUAGCAGUCCCGAGGACAAUUCGCAAACUGAAUCCCUCAAGUCUUCUCAGAAUGACAGCGGCGCAGAUACGCCAUUGGUCUCCCAGCAUCAGACUGAGCAUGAAAAUGCGCCCACGCCACGACGCAGCUUUUUGCAACAACAGGCCGGCGCGGUUUCGAAGCAUCGUCCUAGCCCCCCGAAACCGAAGCCUCUGACCAUGACCCGCGGCGAAAAGCAAGUGUUUAGCGAUUUGUUGGAGCAGUUGGGAGCUGUCAAUUCAGAUACAACAACUGCCACAGCAACCGAGACGCGAAAACCGGAGUUGAGCGAAGCUGAUAAGAACGAGAUGGCGCAGAUCUCGGACAUUUUCGACGAGGUGCUUAGGGACUUGAAGAAAAAGAAAACGCGGACAGCGGUUGCGAAGGAUUCCAGGGGUCGUUCAUCGGAGGAUACACAAGUUCAUGUCACAGUUCAGGAUCCGGAGUUGCAAAAGAGACUCCGGAAGUCUAAGUACACUAGUGCGGACAUUUCGGAGCUGUUGGAUAGCAAUCAGAUAUCUACAGGGCAGGCGAUUGAGUUGGUUGUUAAGAAAGAGGCUGAAAAGAUCGAGGGCGCCCUCCGGACAGCUAUUGACGAGGGUAAAGGGGAUACGGGGGUGUGGGAUGUUUGCAAAGAGAGGAUAUUCUCCAUGCUGCAACACCUCGGAGAUACCCGUUUGGCUCAAGCUAUUGACAUGAGUCAAGAUAAUAAGCAAACUGCGGAUUCUCUUUCUACCGCCGCGGAUACUUCUUAUCUGGAGGUGCCCUCGUCCGUCCCAAUGGAACCCGUUGUCACCACGCUCUACCCCAGGAUGCUCCUCGUGGCUUUCCGUCUUCUCAACUUGCACUUCCCGAAUUCUCCUCUUAUCAGCCAAUUCCGAACCACGAUAAGGUCCCAUGGCCGCGCCUCUGCUGUUCUCGGCAGCUCGACGGGACUUUACAAUGAGCUGAUCUACUUCUACUGGCGCGGGUGCCACGACAUCCCCGGGGUAGUUUCUCUUCUGCAGGAGAUGGAGGUGAACGGUGUAGAGCCCAACAAUCGCACGUGCGGGCUGUUAACCGGAAUUGUCAACCAGCGGGACCGGGACUUGAAGAAACAUCGGCAAAGCAAGCAAAACGAGAAGCCAGGUUCGCAGCGUGAGCCAUGGUGGGAUCUGGCGCCGAACCGAAAAGCUGUACGCGAAUUGCUCGGGCCUCAGGGAUGGAUGCAUCGGCUGGAGCUGCGAGUGCAGGAGAAAGCCCGGAUUGAUAGACGGUCCAAAUAA